AUGGCCACCUCAAUCCCUAAGAUCAAGGUCAAGAAUCCCGUCGUUGAGCUGGACGGCGAUGAGAUGACUCGUAUUAUAUGGCAAGACAUCAAGGACAAGUUCAUUCACCCGUACCUUGACAUCGACCUGAAAUACUACGACCUGGGCCUGCCGUACCGAGACGAGACCAACGACCAGGUGACGAUUGAUGCUGCGGAAGCCAUUAAGAAGUACAGCGUCGGGGUCAAAUGUGCCACCAUCACACCAGACGAGGCGAGAGUGGAGGAGUUCAAGCUGAAGCAGAUGUGGUUGAGUCCGAACGGCACCCUCAGAAACGCGCUUGGCGGCACGGUGUUCCGAGAACCCAUUGUCAUUCCCAAGAUCCCACGUCUGGUGCCAGGCUGGAAGAAGCCGAUAGUCAUUGGCAGACAUGCAUUCGGCGACCAGUAUCGGGCGAAGGACAGAGUGAUUGACGGGCCUGGCACGCUGGAGAUGGUCUUCACGCCUAAGGGUGGCCAGCCGGAGAGAAUCAAGGUCUUUGAGUUCGAUGAGCAUCAUCAAGGUGGUGUCGCACAGACGCAAUACAACACCGCAGAAAGCAUCACUGGCUUCGCCCACGCAUCUUUCAAGCACGCAUUGAGUUUGAAGUAUCCCAUGUACAUGACCACCAAGAACACCAUCCUGAAGAAAUAUGACGGCAGGUUCAAGGAUAUCUUCCAGGAUAUCUAUGAGAAGGAGUACCGGAAAGACUUUGAGGCGGCGGGUAUCUGGUACGAGCAUCGACUCAUCGACGACAUGGUCGCGCAGAUGAUCAAAAGCGAAGGCGGCAUGGUGAUUGCGAUGAAGAACUACGACGGCGACGUUCAGUCCGACAUUGUAGCCCAGGGCUUUGGCUCACUUGGUCUCAUGACCUCCGUUCUCAUCACCCCAGACGGCAAGACCUUCGAAGCCGAAGCGGCUCACGGCACCGUCACGCGACAUUUCCGCGAGCACCAGAAAGGCAAUCCUACCUCCACGAAUCCCAUCGCAUCCAUCUUCGCCUGGACAAGAGGUCUUGCCAAGCGUGGCGAGCUCGAUGGCACGCCAGAGGUUGUGAAGUUUGCGGAGAGUCUUGAGGAGGCGUGUAUCCAUGUCGUAGACCAGCAGGGCAUUAUGACCAAGGAUCUUGCAAUCAGCUGUGGUAAGAAGGACGACUACGUGACUACGACGGAGUAUCUCGAUGCGGUGGAAAAGCGGAUGAAGGCAGUCCUGAGCGCGAAAUUAUAG